AUGAACGAUAAAAAAGGUUACCGCGAUAAAAAUGGUUGUUUUGCAAAAACCGAUAAAAAAACGUGGCGAAAGAACAUUGGGAUUGCUAAUUCGAAUAGAGCUGACAAGGUAAAACAGUCACUUGCAAAAGGAAGAAGAAUUUUCGAUGUAGAGAGGUUAGCACAUGAAAUGUGGUGCCCUGCCUGUGACAUCCCUCUUUCAUUAAGAUUUAUUGAAAAGGAAUCUUUGAUAGGAUUAGCGAGCAUCAUGACUAUCAAAUGUUAUGAAUGUGAAAUGGCUUAUAAAGUCAAAACAUCAGCAGAAUCAGAGCAGUGCGGAUAUUCUAUCAACGCACUUCUUGCUUUAGCCAUUUUUGAUGCCGGUGUUGGAUGCUCCGAAAUAAAUAAAAUUCUCUCCGUCCUGAAUAUUCCAACCAUUCACAAUCAAUUGAUCAAGCGGAAUGAAAGAACCGUUGGACUUGCUAUUGAAAAAGUAGCCCAUGCAAGCUGCGUAGAAGCUCUGAAGCUAGAAAGAGAUAUGACGAUAACAUGCUCCAGAUCAGACACCGGAGAAAUUCCUGCUUCUAUCAAAGAGUUUCCGAACACUGCAGAAAAUACAGCGGUCAAAGAAUUAGUGGAAAUUAUUCCAGAAGAAAAAAGAUCCUCUAUUGACAUUGUUAAUAAUGCCCACAGUAAAUUGCAGAGAAGAAAGCUGAAAGCGAAAAUCAAAAACGAAGAGUUCAAGGCAUCUAAAUUGAAAGCUGCAAUAGAACUAUUUCAGAUUCCAAAGACUCAAGAAACUCUGAAAAAUAUUGAACGAUUUGAUUCUACUAUGAUAGACCCCCAAACAAAAGUAGGUCUCACUCUUUCGUUUGAUGGCGCUUGGCAAAAAAGUGGCAGGGCUCAUAAUAGCAUGACAGGUCAUGCAACUGCGGUAGGUAGCAAAACUGGUUUGUGUGUGGGUUACGACGUUUGUACCACACGGUGUAGAGAAUGUGCGGCUGGGAAUUCAAAAGACCUGCAUGAUUGUCGAAUAAACCAUUAUGGUAGUGCUAAGGCUAUGAAACCAGCAAUGGCAGAGAGAAUAAUGCUCCAAAAUCCUGAUUUUGAAUCAGAACGCGUUGAGCUUCAAACUUUGAUCGGCGAUGAUGAUUCUUCAACCAUUGCUUGUUUGAGACGAAAAUCCGAUCAUUCAAUUACGAAAUUUUGCAAUAAAAAUCACGCCGUCACAAAAAUUUCGAGUUCGAUGUAUAACGCAAAAUUGUCGACCGCGGCGGUAGAUUAUUUGAAAUAUCUCUUCAAAUGCGCGAUUGAAAAAAAUGGCAAAGAUGUCUCCCUUACUCGGCAAGCUAUUUUGAAUAUUGUUCCACAUGCAUUUGGGGAUCACGUUACCUGUGGCGAUUGGUGCAAACAUACCGAUGAAAAAAACAAAUACACUAGGCUUCCCGGAGGUAAGCCAUUAUCAGGAGAUACAUUAAAAUGCGUUUUAAUGUCGAUAUUCAAGAGAUAUGCCGAUAAAUCUGAAGAGCUGGCACCCGGGGCCUCCAGUCAGAUCAAUGAAUCUCUGAAUCGACUAGUUGCAACACACCAUCCAAAAGACAAAUAUUACGGGGGCUCGAGUUCAAUUCAUGCGCGUGUUGGGGCGGCCAUUUGCCAAAAAAACAUGGGAACUGUGUAUAUUGAUGCAGUGAAAACAGAACUUGCACUUUCUCCCUCAAUUAAACGGUCUUUGAGAUAUCGUAGCUUAUUAGACAAUGCGCGAAAACGUCAAGCACUUUAUUCGCAGAGUGCUGAAGGCAAAAACGACGACGGAAAUUGUUUGAAGCUCGGCGGAAAAAAACAGUACAAACGGAAAAUAAAGAAGGGAUUUGUUAUCAGUCAAAUUUAG